ACCAGUUAAACUGUAACACCGGAAGUAGUUAGCAAUAAGCAACAGUUAGCUUUGCGUUUGAUGUUGUGAUUUAAGGUCGCCGGAAAGCAAAAUGUCGGAGCAAACGAUAACUAUGACAGUCGCAUACGGAUCCUCUAAGCACAGCAUCACGCUAACAGGACAUGAGGAUGGAAAAGGACCCACUGUUAAAGACCUGUCAGAUGCUCUCGCUCAAGCCACCGGAGUCCCACCUGCCUCUCAGAAACUUAUCUUUAAAGGGAAGUCGCUGAAAGACAUGGAAGAGAGCCUUUCCAGCUAUGGAAUAAAAGAAGGCUGCAAACUCAUGAUGAUUGGAAAGAGGAACAGCCCAGAGGAAGAAGCUGAACUGAGGAAACUCAAAGACAUUGAGAAAUGUGUGGAGCAGAUGGCCAAGAAGCUGGAGAAGGUAGAUGGGGAGUUGACUGGACUGAAAAAUGGCUUUCUCGCCAAAGAUCUCCAGGCAGAGGCCUUGGGUAAACUAGACCACAGAGUAAAAAUAGCAGCUGAGCAGUUCAUGAAGAUCUUGGAGGAGAUAGAUGCUAUGAGUGUUCCAGAAAAUUUCAAUGACUGCAGAAUGAAGAAAAAAGGACUAAUAAAAACAGUGCAGGAUUUCCUCGCCCAGUGCGACAAAAUCGAGGCUUGUAUAUCAGACCAUCUAUCAAAGAUCCAGUCAAAAAACCUGGCUUUGGCAGAAUAGUGCAGUCUCUUUAGUCACUUAUUCUAUACAUUGCUCUGUGAGCAAUGGCAAAGUGUGCAGAAAGCUUCACGUGUGAAGCAGAUCCUGGUUUAUUUAUUGCUGGUGUGAAGCAAAUGAUCAAGUGGAAAGAAGGAUGCUGGUUAUCAGAUGUUGGAUACGUAACACAAGCAAAUCCUCCUGGUUCGAGACAGAUGCAAAGUGCCGACUGAGAAACUUUAACCAUGAACUUGCAGGAAAUGGAUCACAUGCCAUUUUAAUUAGCUAAAAGAGCUGUCAAUGCCAAAUAUCUUAAAAUGCCCCGUUUGUUGCCCUGUAUGUCUAAAACAUAAUGCGUUUUGUUCCUCAUUGUGCACAAGCUGCAGUGGAUGAUUUAUGAUCAGAAAUAUAUAGACACUGUUUAAUUGGGGAAGUUCCAAAAGGCAAUAUCCACUCAGGAUAGUGGAUUGUUCCCAUUGGGCCACAAGAGCCUUAUUAUGUUGUGUGAUAAACAUUUAUUGCCCUUAUGGGUCUGAAUGGGUCACUGUUCCCUGGCUUUUACCUGCCAUGCU